UAGCAUUCCUGGUUUAUUAAAAAGGUAAUUGUAAAAAAAUAAAUAAAAAUGGAAAGAAUGUAUGUUACAUGAAGCAAAAUUUCUAUGAUGACACCAAGUAUUUGAGGGGAAACAUAAUCUCAGAGAAACAUCCAGACUUUGUCCUUUAAGAAGAUUAGUCUCUGCCCAUUUCUGAACUCAAUGCUUGCCUAAACAUUACCAUGAUUUUUUUUAUGUAAAAUGCUUUCAGUAUCCUGCAGUUUAUACUAUUUGAACUUGGUUAGUUAAGCUAUGGUGAUGUGAAUAGAUAGAAGAAAAUCCACAUCUAGAUAACCAAUAAACUCUAGAAAAUUAAUUGAAAUUACUUAUCAUUGUUCAAAAUUUUCUGAUGGCUCUCAGGCAGACAAAGUAACAACAAAAAAACCCCCACAAAAUAAAAAGCACAAAAAAAAAAAAAAAACAUGUCAUCUUAAAACAGAUCUGUUACUGCAGAAAAUGUCAAUCUUUUACAGAUCACCUGCUUGAACAGGUUGAUGUUAGAGCUCAUCUGCUGUCCUGGUAACUUGUGUGCACUCAUGUGUCAGUCACAAGGUUGGAAACAAAGGUCACCUACUGCUCUCUCACUCUGUCACAAAUAUCCAAGAUGCUGAAAACACUACACACGCUCCUUCUCCUCUGUCUUGUCGGGGCAGGGAAUGCUCUGUACAAACAGUGGAUUCCUGACAACAACUAUGAGAAUAAGACCAACUGGGACAAAGGAGCCGUUCCGUGUGGCAAUGACAGAGUUCAGUUUUCAGCCCAAAGAAAAGUGUCUGUGUUUGUGGAGACCACACAUGCUGUGCGGGAGAUGAGGAUGCCAGUUGAUGGAGAAUUCAUCCUGAACUCAGGGGCUGGAUUUUAUGUUGUUGCGGGACAAGAGCCGGGCUGUGGAGCAGGUGUCACUACCAAGUUCAAAAAUUCAGAGUCUCUACAGUGGUUUAACCCAGCUCUGUGGCAGGCGGCUGCAACUCUAGAUGACAUGCAGCGGGAAAACUUUCUGUUCUCAGUCCACGAGGAGAGUGUCCCUUGCCAGUAUGACGAUGUGGUUUUCAAAGCCCGCUCCUCCUUCAGAGUGGACACCAGCUCCAGCCUGCCUAGCAUCUCUGUCAAAUCUGUGUCUGUACUGGGGAAAACGUUUGACAGCGGAUCUGAGUUCACCCAGUAUCUCAGCUCACGCUCAGGCCGACUGCAGUUUCACGGAUCCUCUGCAGUCACUGUCGGGAACUCGGGUUGCGUGGAUCCUUCUGGCUGUGACUGUGGGAAUUCUGUAAACCAUCAGCAGAUCUGUGCCAGUGUCACAUGUCCUUCUCUUAGUUGUAAGAAGCCUCUGCUCCCUGUAGGACACUGUUGUGAUGUGUGUGGUGCCAUUGUCACCAUCCAUUAUGCCCCCGGUUUCAACCUGCAGAAUUACAGACAACGAAUCCGCCACCUUUUUCUAGUCCUGCCACAAUACAAAUCUAUUCAGCUGGGCAUGUCUAAAGUCUUCAAAUCACAGCGAUUGGUGGGGAUCAUCCCUUUUGGCUCCUCAGCUGAGAUCCAGGUAGUUAUCCUGGAUGAAGAGAAAGGCACACAGGCGGAGGCUCUGGCCAGGGACAUAGUGAGGGAUGCCAAUUCUCAUGGGUCUAAUCUGGGAAUCACUGAGGCUGAAUUUCAAACCUCCACUGGGAGCAGCAGUGAUCAGUCUGGAAGCAGUGCUGGAAUGGUGGUUGGAGUUGUGUUUGGAGUUUUAAUUAUGAUCACACUCAUUAUUGUUUUGGUUGUCCUGAUUCGUAAGGGGGUUGUUCAGAUGCCAUCAAUGCCUUCGCUGCCAUCUCUGAGCAGCUUUAGGAACAACAAUGAUACUGGAGACCUUGGAGGGCCUCUUGACCAUGGCUUUGAUAAUCCAAUGUUUGACAAGCCAGUCAUGCUGCCUGCUGUUCCUGGCCUAUAUGGAACUGAAACUAAUAAUUCUAUCUCCCUGACUCCAACAGGUGUGCACUUUGUAAAUCCAGUUUAUGAUGAGAAUGAGACUGAUUUUAAUGUCUGAAAUUGACUGCAUU